AUGCGAAGCGGCAACCGGCACACUCUUCCUGGCCGAGAUGUUAAUAUGGGAACAACACCGGAAACAGCCCGAGGAACAACACCAGGUACAACACCUCGAACCACUUCAUCAACAACACCAGUAACAACACCAGGCACAACACCUCGAACCACUUCAUCAACAACACCAGUAACAACACCAGGCACAACACCUCGAACCACUUCAUCAACAACACCAGUAACAACACCAGGCACAACACCUCGAACUACUUCAUCAACAACACCAGUAACAACACCAGGCACAACAUCUCGAACCACUGCAUCAACAACACCAGUAACAACACCAGGCACAACACCUCGAACCACUUCAUCAACAACACCAGUAACAACACCAGGCACAACACCUCGAACUACUUCAUCAACAACACCAGUAACAACACCAGGCACAACAUCUCGAACCACUGCAUCAACAACACCAGUAACAACACCAGGCACAACACCUCGAACCACUUCAUCAACAACACCAGUAACACGAACCACUUCAUCAACAACACCAGUAACAACACCAGGCACAACAUCUCGAACCACUGCAUCAACAACACCAGUAACAACACCAGGCACAACACCUCGAAUCACUUCAUCAACAACACCAGUAACAACACCAGGCACAACACCUCGAACCACUUCAUCAACAACACCAGUAACAACACCAGGCACAACACCUCGAACUACUUCAUCAACAACACCAGUAACAACACCAGGCACAACAUCUCGAACCACUGCAUCAACAACACCAGUAACAACACCAAGCACAACACCUCCAACCACUUUAUCAACAACACCAGUAACAACAUCAGGCACAACACUUCGAACCACUCCAGCAACAACACCAGUAACAACUAACAACACCAGGCACAACACCUCAAACCACUCCAGCAACAACACCAGUAACAGCACCAGGCACAACACCUCGAACCACUUUAUCAACAACACCAGUAACAACACUAGGCACAACACUUCGAACCACUCGAGCAACAACACCAGUAACAACGCCAGGCACAACACCUCGAACCACUCCAUCAACAACACCAGUAACAACACCAGGCACAACACCUCAAACCACUUCAUCAACAACACCAGUAACAAUACCAGGCACAACACCUCGAACCACUCCGUCAACAACACCAGUAACAACACCAGGCACAACACCUCGAACCACUUCAUCAACAACACCAGUAACAACGCCAGGCACAACACCUCGAACCACUCCAUCAACAACACCAGUAACAACACCAGGCACAACACCUCGAACCACUCCAUCAACAACACCAGUAACAACACCAGGCACAACACCUCGAACCAACACCCCCGGAUCUACAACAGCUAG